AUGUCUGCUAAUCCAACCGCUCAGCCACAAGUCUCACCUACAAAAGAAGCAUCUGUCACCAUCAACACAAUGAACAAGAUUCCGGCUGAUAUCCACGUCGUGCACAACUCUUUCUUUGAAAAGUUCUUUCGCGCCCCUCCAUCAAACCCUAUUGAGCAAAAGCCAUGGCCCGAUACUCAAGUAAUCGGCGUUGAGGCGGAGAACGCCAGCGACUAUCACGACAGUGCAUUCCGGCUUUACGAGGACGCUGAGAAGGUAUUUCAACAGCAGCCAACGCGACUCUUCCUGCACGGCUUUCUCCUGUGCGAGAACGAGAUCGAGCUUUGGCUCUUCAGUCGAUCUGGAAUCUACCGCUCCGGGCUCUUCUUCAACCGAAUCACCAACUACAACGGCAUCUUCGCCCGCUACAGAAAAAUGAGCGAGGCUCAGCGAGGUAUCAAUCCUGCUGUCCACAGAGACGAAGAUGGAUCGCAGUACAUCUACGUCAAAGGCAGCGCGAACAAAAUAGAGCCAUAUGAGAGCGAGCACCCACGAGAAUACAAGCUCACACUCGACAAGCGGCCUUACUGGACUCCGUCCAACCUUUCAGACAAGUUUCCGACGAGCUAUGGUGCUACAGACUGUCAUGGCACGCGGUUCCUCGUUAUGUUUUUAGAGAUAAAUUUGGAACUUUUCGGGGCAGAAAACCCCCUGUUUCCGCCGGAGCACCCUACCCUGGGCACCAGCCGGGCUAUUGACUACCAAUGCCUCGAUGCCUAUCCUUUCGAACUGUCCUGCAUGGUCUGGUUGUAG